CUUCACUACUAAGAUGGCUGCAUUAAUACAAGCUGUUGCGCGUCAAGCGCAAGCUACUUUUUCACGUAGUAUAACAGAAGAAACCUUUGGUGAGUAUUUUUCAAACCUACAUAAACUUGUUAACCAGGCUAGAGCUGCUGAUGUUAACCUAAAUCAAGAUUUACUAAAGAAUACAAAGGAUUAUUCACUACUGAAAUCCAAAGGCAUUAUAGCUCCAGUGACGUAUGUUGAAAUGUACGAAGAUCAGACGUUUUCUAUGGGUAUAUUUGUCGUGAAAAACGGUGCAAAAAUACCACUACAUGAUCAUCCUCAUAUGUGUGGAAUCUUGAAAGUUUUGCACGGGAAAUUAAGCAUCUCAAGUUUUAAUUCUUCAUUAACGAAUGGCAAAGAAUACAAAUCUCCAGAAGAAAUAUUAUCAAUGGUUCCUCCAUGGCAAAAACAUCGUCUGUUUCCAGCAAAACAAAACAAAGAUAUUGUUGCAAGUCCCGAUAGUGAACCGUGUGUCCUUACACCAAAAGAGGGUAAUUAUCAUGAAAUAACAGCUCUAGAUGGACCUGCUGCAUUUCUUGACAUCCUUGCACCUCCAUACGACAUGAAGGAAAGAGACUGUCAUUACUAUCGUAAAGUAGGAGAAACCCGGCAAGAAGGAAAAGAUUCUAGAAUUUCGUGGUUGGUUGAAAUACCUCCACCAACAGAUUUCUGGUGCAAUACAUCACCAUAUCUUGGCCCAGAUAUCCACAUAUAACCCUGUAUAUAACAUUAUUCAGUGCACAGUUUUAACUAGAAACCAAAUGUAUUGCUCAGUUUAAGUUUUGAAUCAAAUCUUGCAAAUUAUGUUAAUUUUAAAAACAUAUUUCUUUAUUGCUUUCCUAUUGUUUUAAUGGAGUUGAUCCCAGAAAAUGUUCCUAUUUGGUAAGGAACUAGUUGUUUUGGGAAACACCUAGUGGUCUGUAAAAUUCAAUGUUUUCUGUUGAAUUACAAAACGUAAUUGAUUUUCAUAUAGCUUCGAUUGAAUAUAUAAAGUGUACAAAAAAUUCAUUAAUUCAGAUCAAAAGUUAUAAUGUCAUGGCCACUUUGAGUGAAAUGUGUGUAAAUAAAAUAGACUAUACCAUUAAUUCUGUUAAAUUAAGUGUAGCAGCCUAAACCAUGAAGUAAAAGAUAAAUGCCAGCUUUAUUGAGAAGACGUCAAUGUGUAGGUUUCGAAUGUGUUACUUUGCUGUUAUUCUAAAUUAAUUUUGUUGUUGUAAGUGUGACUUUUGUCAUAAUUUUUAUUGCAAAAAAACAGUUAAACUUAUGAAUUUAAUUAAUUUGACAUAUAUAUAUAGUCAACUUGACACACAAGCAAGUAAUCAACAUAAAAUUGUAAGAAUAGACAUGUACAUUUAUUUACAGUAUUAAGCUAGGAUGUAAAAUACAUAUCAGUAAGUUUCACCAAAAAAGCAAAAUAUAUUUUCAAAUAUGACAGAUUUCAUUCUGAUCUAAAUAAUGUCUGAACAUAUGUUUAUAGUAAAUUAACUUUGUAUGUUAAAUGGCUUAAUUGUUAUGUACACCAUAUUAAUGAUUAUUAGGGAAACUAUAACAACAAUGUUAGUGAUUGGUGUUUUUAUUUACAGUUAAGAAGUGUCAACUUACUUUGUGUAGUUAUAUUUCACUGAGAAAUGUUUCAAAAAUGUUCAUAAUUUCAUCUUUAUAAUAACUGAAAAAAAAAAAGAUUUUCUCUGAAUUUUUCUUUUUCCUUGCAAAUACGUAGUUUUGUGUUUGAACUUGAGCUUGCUUAAGGGAUGUGUAUCUUUGUUUUGGUUACAUUGUGAUAGUAAACAGUUAUGGAAACCAUUUGGUUAUAAUUCAAAAGGCUUUAGUUUCUAUGAUUAUUAGGAAUUGUGUAGAAAAAAGUGCUUAUGUUAAGUAAUACAUGGUUAUGAAGAUUAAGUUUGUGAAGUUGACCAUACAAAGUGUUCUCAGAUAUAUAUGCAUGAAAAUAUAUGAAAAAAUAAUAUUAUUAUUAUUACAAUUAGAUUAUAUUCUAUUAAACUAUUUUUCAGUGUUUUUAGAUACUGUGUUCUUGCUAACUAAAAUGUGAUCUUUUUUACUCUGCUUUCUUCACAAAAUAUUACAAACAUUUUCCCCUUUUUUUUUAUAAUCACCAAGUGAUAAACUUUCUUUAAAUAUUUAUUACAUGUGAAUUAACUUCUUAUGUACUUUUGUAAAAAGAGUUAGGAAGAUCAUAUCUAACUGUGAACAUAUUUUGUGAAGGAAAUAUUUUUGUCUACAGAAGAACUUUCAAAUACACCAGUUUUUCUAGUAUUUUGAAUAUGAACAUUUUAUAUGUUGAGUACGCAUAACUGUAAAUGCUAUCAGCACCGGGCCACUUCAACAUCGUACAGUAACAUUGAACUGUGUAUGUAAUUUAGUGUAGUUUUCCAUCCAUGUAAUUGAUCCAUAAUCGAAAAAUAUUUUCCUUUCAACAAGAUUCUUGCAAUUGUACGAUCUUAUUGUUCCUUAGAAACAUCUGGCUAUCAAAAAUAACAUAAGAACCAAAUCAUUUAAAAUACAGUAACUGAUGCAAAGUGCAUUUUACUAGGCUUUGUUUUAAAAUAUAAUUGUAGGGGAAAUUAAAUUAAAGCUACAAAGACCUUAGAAAGAGUAUGAUUACUGAGUACAGUAAAUCUGUAAACAUUUUGCAGCAAUGUUAAAGGACUGGCUCAGUCCGUAGAACAAAUCUGUGUAACAUCUAUGUUUGCCUAAUAAAACGUAAUGUCUAUAAUA